UUCUAUCGAACUGGCUAGGCUUUGUUUUUGUGUGUCAUUGCAGAUUUUCAUAAACAUUCACAAAAGAAACUCGAUUUAGUAGGUUAAAAUUAGCAGCAAACAGCCAUGAGUGAUGUUCAGACCCUGAUGGACAUGGGCUUCGCCCGGGAACGUGUAGAAUACGCUUUGCAGGUGACAAGCAACAAGGGAGUGGAGCCGGCAAUGGAAUGGCUGUUGGCCCACGGUGACGAAGAGAUACCGGCAAAUCAGAAUACCGGGGAAUCCCCGGCCUCCGCAGAGAUCCGCCAGACAUCCGGGGAGGAUGCGGCCGCAGCAGCUCCUAGCAGCAGCGGUGCCGAGGCCUCUGCCGGUUCCCCUGUGGCCAAGUCUCUGAAAUGCGACGACUGUGGAAAGGUGCUCAAGGAUCACACUGAAGUGGAAUACCAUGCCGCUAAAACUGGUCACAGUAACUUCUCCGAGUCCACGGAGGAGAAGAAAGCCCUCACCGAGGAGGAGAAGAAGGCCCAACUGGCCCUGAUCGAAGAGAAGCUUAAACAGAAACGCGUUGAACGCGAGGAGCGCGAAAAGGCCGAUGCCCUGGAAAGGGAGAAGAACCGUAUUCGUUCCGGAAAGGAUAUGGCCGAAGCCAAGCGGCGCAUGGAGGAGCUCGAGAUGAAGAAAAUCGUGGAGCAGCGAAAACGCGAAAAGGAGGAGGAGAAGGCGGCCCGUGAUCGGGUUCGGGCUCAAAUCGAGGCAGACAAGGCAGCUCGCAAAGCCAGAGAACAAAAGGAGUCGGCUGCUAGUUCAGAGCCUACAGCAUCCGUUAGCUCUACCACAGUCACCUCGCCCUCGGCUGUGAAGUCUCCUCCACGCGACUAUUCAGAAACCCGGAUCCAGGUGCGUUUACAGGACGGUUCCACCCUCCAGGAGACCUUCAACGUGAAAGAGCAGCUCUCGGCCGUGCGUCUGUUCAUCCAAGUGAAGACUGGCAUCGAAACGCCCUUCUCGUUGAUGACAACCUUUCCACGAAAGCUCUUCGCCGAAGACGACUACGAGAAGCCGCUGGAGGUGCUCGGACUGGUUCCAUCCGCUGUUAUCACCAUGACCAAAACGCCCGCAUAGGCCGCCAAUGGGUAGAUCUACAACUAAAUCAACUAAACGAUAUGAUUAGGAUCUAAAACAAAGAAUCGAAUCGCGGCCCGAUUUUUUUCCCAAAACAUUUAAUGUACGGUUUUAUAUAUACAUAUUAAAGGAUAUUAACGUAAUUACAUAA